AUGCAGUCCGACGACCUGGUUUGGUCGGUGAUCGGCAAGACGUUUUGCUCGUACAAGAUCACGUCCAAGACGCACUCCAACUUCUGCCGGAACGAGUACAACCUGACGGGCUUCUGCAACCGGCAGUCGUGUCCGCUCGCCAACUCGCGCUACGCCACGGUGCGCGAGCGCGAGGGCGUCGUCUACCUCUACGUCAAGACGGCCGAGCGCGCCCACACGCCCAAGCACCAGUGGGAGCGCAUCCGGCUGUCGAACAACUACGCAAAGGCGCUCGAGCAGAUCGACUCGGAGCUCGUCUACUGGCCCAACUUUAUCACGCACAAGGCAAAGCAGCGCCUCACCAAGAUCACCCAGUACCUCAUCAAGCUGCGCCGCAUCAAGCUCAAGGAAGAGGAGCAGCCGCGCCUCGUCGGCAUCAAGAAGAAGACGGAGCGCAGGGAGGCGACGCGCGAAGGCAAGGCGCUGCGCGCCGCCAAGCUCGAAAAGAGCAUCGAAAAGGAGCUCCUCGAGCGCCUCAAGAGCGGCGCCUACGGAGACGCGCCGCUCAACGUCAACGAGGACGUGUGGAACGAGGUGCUCGAGAACCGCAAAAAGAGGGAGGAGACCGAGGCCGAGCUCGGGCUCGAGGACCAGGAGAGCGACGAGGAGGACGAAGACGAGCUCGACGAGAUGGACAGGAUGAUCGAGGAAGAGGACGAGUACGACGAGGACAGGACCGGGGAGCGCGAGUUUGUCGAGGACGACGAGGAGAGCGAGGACGACAUGGAGGAGCUCGUCGACUCGGACGGCAACCCGCUCGAGUUCUCGUCCGACGACCAGGCGAGCGACUCAGAUGCUGACGACGACGACGACGACGAAGACGACGACGAGGACGGUGCCGGGCGCCCGUCAGCGUCAAAGCGCAAGCCGAGCCGUCCCGCCCCCAAGCCUUCCUCGGGCGCGGCCAAAAAGGGGCCCAAGCGGCGCAAGGGCGGUGCGCGCGUCGAGAUCGAGUACGAGCAGGAGACCGAGCCCCUCACCCGCGACGCCCUCGCCAACUGGUAG